UGCCACUCUGAGGCAGAGGCGUCAAUAUGUACACAGAGUCACUUUUCGUUUUAUUCCGGGAUUACUCACGAACACCAGCCUCUUUCACAUUAUGAGAUACACUAACACACCAGCACCGGGAGUUUCGCCAACAUAUCACCUUUAAGAAACGGACAUGAAAUCAGUCUGAACGUGUUGUUUUGUUUCGAAAGGGGCGAUUCGGACCCUGUGUUAGCCAUGUUCGAUGGAGUUUUCUAUCGCCGGAUUUAAGUGACCGUGAAAUAAAACAGCAACAAAAAACGACUGAAUUGUGGUGGAAGGAAGGAAGGAAGGUGUCCGGCUUCAGAAGUAACAACGAGGCCAGGGGAUCUGAACCAUUAUCUAUAUUAUAUUUCUGUGCACUGGCAAUGCAAGUACUACAUCUCUGAAAGAGCAGCUGGGAUGGAUUAUCUAAUAGCACAAUAAUUAGGAUGCUGUGAGUACUGUGCAUCUGGAUGCUCCUGCUCAGUCGUGUAGGAGUCCUGAAAAUGACCCUGGGGAUGCUGCUGCUGGCUUAGGACAUGAGAUACAGGCGUCUGUGAGAGAAGUGCUUAAUGGAAAAGAUGAAGAAGUUCAAACGACGGCUUUCGCUAACCCUGCGUGGGAGCCAGACCAUCGACGAGUCACUGUCCGAGCUGGCCGAGCAAAUGACUGUGGAAGAGAACAGCAGCAAAGAUAACGAGCCGAUUGUGAGGAACGGCAGGCCCCCCACGUCACAGAGCAUGCACUCCUUUCUCCACCAGUACACCAGCUCCUUCAAGAAACCCCCCCUGAGGAGGCCACACAGUGUGAUUGGUGGAAGCCUUGGCUCCUUCAUGCCCAUGCCUAGGAAUGGAAGCAGACUGGACAUUGUACAUGAGAAUCUGAAGAUCGGCUCUGAUGGAGAAAGUGACCAGGCGUCUGGAACAUCGUCGGACGAGGUCCAGUCUCCUAUGGGAGUGUGUCUGAGAAAUCGAGUGCAAAGGAGGAUCUCCAUGGAGGACCUCAACAAGCGUCUGUCGCUGCCUGCAGACAUUAGGAUACCAGACGGGUAUCUGGAGAAGCUGCAGCUGAACAGCCCACAGUUUGACCAGCCAAUGAGCCGGCGGUCUCGCAGAGCAUCACUGUCUGAAAUUGGAUUUGGAAAGCUCGAGACCUACAUCAAGUUGGACAAACUGGGAGAGGGAACAUAUGCAACUGUUUUUAAGGGUAGGAGUAAACUGACAGACAACCUGGUAGCCCUAAAGGAGAUCAGACUGGAACAUGAAGAGGGAGCGCCCUGCACAGCUAUCCGAGAAGUAUCGUUGCUUAAAGAUCUGAAGCAUGCGAACAUCGUCACCUUACAUGAUAUCAUUCACACAGACAAAUCGUUGACACUAGUCUUUGAAUACCUGGACAAGGAUCUGAAGCAGUACAUGGAUGACUGUGGAAACAUUAUGAGUAUGCACAAUGUGAAGAUCUUUUUAUUUCAAAUUUUACGAGGUUUGGCCUACUGUCAUAGGCGGAAAGUUUUACAUCGAGACCUGAAGCCACAGAACUUGCUCAUUAAUGAAAGAGGGGAACUGAAAUUAGCUGAUUUCGGACUAGCAAGAGCCAAGUCAGUCCCUACAAAGACCUACUCCAAUGAGGUUGUCACGUUAUGGUACAGACCCCCUGAUGUCCUCUUGGGAUCUUCAGAGUAUUCCACCCAGAUUGAUAUGUGGGGAGUGGGCUGUAUAUUUUACGAAAUGGCUGCCGGAAGGCCUCUGUUCCCAGGUUCAACAGUAGAAGAUGAAUUGCACUUAAUUUUCAGGCUCUUGGGCACUCCAUCGGAAGACAACUGGCCAGGGAUAUCAUCCAUUGAAGAAUUUAAAUCCUACAACUUUCCCAAAUAUAAAUCACAGCCUUUGAUUAACCAUGCACCCAGACUGGAUUCUGAAGGAAUUGAACUGGUCUUGAUGUUUUUGAAAUAUGAAUCUAAGAAGCGAAUCUCUGCAGAUGAGUCAAUGAAACAAGCCUACUUCAAAAGCCUUGGAACACGAGUACACACCUUGCCUGAGAGUGUAUCAAUAUUCACUCUGAAGGAAAUCCAGCUACAGAAAGACCCAGGCUUUCGAAGUUCAUCAUACCCAGAAACAGCAACCAUCCAGUCAAGGACUUAUUUGAAGGCAUCUCCUUGUGAUCAGUAGAGUGGACUUCAUUGCAAGACUUCUCUGCGUCAACACUGCCCUAUUUACAAAGGCGUCUUAUUUCCUGUCAGGCAUGUGAACUGUGUUUUAUACUCACCUGUCACAGUGUGACACAUUAUUUUGUACAGAUGGUGUUAAGGUUCUCCUCUGCUGUUAAAGCCAGUAGGUUACAACUGAUGAUGUAACUGUAGCUGCUGCAGUUAAUAAGCAGGACUAAAACACAUUGUGUUAUUUAUUAGGGAAACAUUUGCUGCUAAACGACUACUGUCUAUAUUUAACACGUUGGAAUAGCUGAAGAAGUUGCAGUGGCUUUUAUCAUGUGAACUGGCUCGUCUCUUCUCUGCGACCUGUGUUGAAUCAUUGAAAUUUUGUACUACUUUUUUUUUUUUUUUUCUACAAGUUGGGUGUUUAUUAAAUUGUAGUCUCAGCUUUGCUUGGCUUCAGAAAGUGACUUCAUGGAUCAUGUCUACCAAAAUUCCUUCUGUACUUGGUACACGCAUGUGUAUGAAUCCUAAUUUGUUCAUCAGCUUUCACUUUAGUGAAUAUAUGGAUGUGUUCUAAAUGGAAACAGUGUUCUAUAUCCAGGAAGCUUUCGUCUUCUCAUAGGAUUCAGCUGCAUUUUGAUCAACAAGUAUGUGUAUUUAUUUAAGUAAUUAGGGAGAUUUUGAACAAUAUAUUUUCACAAAAAAAAAAAACCUGCAGUAGGUAUCAAACCAUAAAAAUACCUAUAUUUUAUUGUAGGGAAACCCCUGAGAAACAAUUAAAUAAGUAAAACAACUCCCUAGAGUUAUUUUCGGUUAGCACACUUUGAUGUGCUUGGUUUUACAAAAUUCCAGUGUUUUUGCGCCUUUCCUAGAUGGAUGAAGCACACAGUUUAAGAAUACACUGGAGCAAGGUAUCAACAAUGGGAGUCAAGAUUAAGUAUGACAAGAUGUGAUCUGCUUAUUUAAUUAACCUCUACAGAUGAGAAUAAGAAGUACCUUUCUGAACAGUUACAUGUCAUUUGUGGUUCAUUUUGUAAUAAUUUCCCUACUUUGCUAAUGCAACUCAGUGAGUAUCUUAAGUACGCCUUGGCAGCAGUAAUUGUGUGCAUUUGUUUGCCUUUUAAGAAUUAAUUGUUUAGUGCAUCUGAAAUGCCUGGGCACACCCUGUUUGAAAGAUAAUUUCUAGUAUUCACUGUAAACACAUUCAGGGGUCCUCUCAUUUCUGCUUAUGAAUAUAAAACCAUGUAGUUAUUUAACAGUAUUAAGAGAAUUUUUGUAUGUUACAUUUUAACUUUAUUUGUGAAUUGUGAUCGUGGCAUGUUGGGUUAAAUGUGUUUUAUUAGUAAUCUUGUGUUUUUUGCUAAAAACAAAGGUUUAAAUUGGAAUUUUACUAAAAAAAAAAAAAAAAAAAACAAC